GGGUGGUUGCACAUGAAAGUGAGUUUUUGCCACUUUCACUUCAAAGCCAUUUGUCUUUGUCUUCUAGUUGAAAUUCACAAAGGACAAAGGAAGAGAGAGACCUUGUUUGCUUCAUAUAGCAAAAGGGAGACCUCAAAGGAACCAUUAUUUUUUUUCCAACUUGUUCAUUCUAUAUGCCAUUUCUGAGCAGUUCACCACAUACACACAACUCAUGCCACCAUCACUUCAAUUUGGGACUCCUCAAUACACACACAAACAUAGAGACAAAGAGAGAAAAGAGGAAGAAGAAGAAGAAAGAGAAACCCAAGUUGGUUGUUUUUCCCACCACCAAGUUCACCUUUUUCCUUUUAAUUUUUUCUGGGGCUGUGAAAUCCUUAUGACCCUCUCUCUUCUGCUUAAGUGGGUCAUGUUUUGUGGACCCUACCCUCCCACUUGCUGCUAGUCUCUCUCUGUUGUCUUAGCCUCUGCUUAGCUGCCCUUUAAUGUUCUGUUGAAAAACUCUCUUGUCUCUUCCAUUUUUGUGCUCUGCUUCCUUCCUUGUAUAGAAAGAAAGAUCCAUUUUUUCUCCUUAUGGCUGCUCAGUGAUUUUGGUUUUCCUGCUUCCUAAAGUUGAUGUGUGCUAUGAGAUUUCUGUUUGUGUUUUUAUUGGAUGUUUCACUGUUGUCUGGUGAAUAGGAAACUGCUCCAUUUCAAUUCAAGCAUCCGGAUCCCCUUGAUUGGGAAAUUCGUAAAGGUUGUUCCUUGAAACGGUUUAUAUGGUGUUCUCUGGAUUUGAUUGUUUUGGUUUCUGGGUUUAGGAGCUGUUUGCCAAAAAGGUGUUCUUUGGUUAAUUUUCUAGCUACUGAUACCGUUCUCUGAGACUGAGAUUCAUGCUUGGCCCAAUAACACAAUGGAGAGGUUUCCACUUCUUUAGCAUUCAGUAUUUUAGCUCAGUGAAAAGAUAUGAAGAACAUUCUUAAGAAGCUUCAUAUCAUGUCUAAUCAAUCAGAAGGUGCACAAGGGUCUACUUCAUCAAAGAGCAACAAGUCCAAUGAUGGUUCUUCUUCAUCUCCUACCCAUAAGAAGCUUUCGAGUUGGUUGCAUUCAGUUUCUAAUUGGCAGAGUCCAAGUCCUCCGUCUCCUAACCUGGCCACAGGAGAAAGAAUGGAGCCAUCUGAUUCAACGAGCAGUGGUGGUUUAGAUGUUGUUUCUGAUUCAGCGAGGCGUGAUUCAGGGUCUAGCACUUCGAGGGAUCCUGAAGUGGAAGAAGAAUAUCAGAUACAAUUGGCUUUAGAGCUGAGUGCAAAGGAGGAUCCUGAGGCUGUGCAGAUUGAAGCUGUUAAGCAGAUCAGUUUGGGAUCUUGUGACCCUGAUAAUACACCAGCUGAAGUUGUGGCCUACCGAUACUGGAAUUACAAUGCUCUUGGUUAUGAUGACAAGAUCUCAGAUGGUUUUUAUGAUCUGUAUGGGAUCUUAACUGAAUCAACCUCGGCAAGAAUGCCUUCUCUUGUAGAUUUGCAAGGAACACCAACGUCAGAUGGCGUCACAUGGGAAGCAGUCUUGGUCAAUAGGGCUGCUGAUUCCAAUUUGUUGAAACUUGAGCAAAAAGCCCUGGAGCUGGCAGUCAAGUCAAGAAAAGAUUCUGAGGUAGUCGGAGAUAUUAAUUUGGUACGCAAGCUUGCAAUACAAGUGGCUGACUAUAUGGGUGGAUCAGUUGAAGAUCCUGAAAGCAUGUUAAGAGCAUGGAGGAGUCUUAGUUAUAGUCUGAAAGCAACACUUGGUAGCAUGGUUUUGCCACUUGGUUCACUGACCAUUGGAUUGGCUCGGCAUCGUGCAUUAUUAUUUAAGGUUUUAGCUGAUAGUUUGGGCAUCCCAUGUCGGUUGGUUAAAGGACUACAAUAUACAGGUUCCGAUGAUGUGGCAAUGAACUUUGUCAAGAUUGAUGAUGGAAGGGAGUACAUUGUUGACCUAAUGGCAGCUCCUGGAAUCCUUAUUCCAUCUGAUGCAACUGGAUCACAUAUCGAGUACGAUGAAUCUUCUUUUGUAGCCAGUCCUUCAUCAAGGGAUCUUGAUUCAUCUCAUAUAGCAUCAUUCAGUAGCGGGGUUGGAAGUUCUGAAGAAACUUCAGACUUUGGGACUGUGGAUAAAGGAAAUAGAUCAAAACAUUUUGCCUAUGCAGGGAAAGAAUCUGAUGCAAGCAGGCCCGCUACAGGCAAGGAAGAAUUAAAGAAACCACUAAAUGAAUUCAAAAAUAGCCCCAAUGCAGAGAUCAUAACGGAGGAAUCUCCUAGCAGACCUAAUUAUCCAUAUAUACAUGGAAGAUUUCCUUCUUGGACUGAAGGGAUCAGUUCCCCUGCAGUACGUAGAAUGAAAGUAAAAGAUGUUUCCCAAUAUAUGAUUGAUGCUGCAAAGGAGAACCCUAACUUGGCUCAAAAACUUCACAAUGUUUUACUUGAAAGUGGUGUUGUUGCUCCUCCAAACUUAUUUUCUGAAAUUUAUCAUGAGCGGUUAGGUUCCCCAACUGAGGCCUAUUUUCCAACUGAAGAAAAAGAUGAAUUUAAACAGGGAAAUGUGCAGCUAGAAACUAAGGUUGAUGAUAAUCAAGGUCCUGCUCUAUUUUUGCCUCCUUUGCCUCACCACAGAGUUCAUCCCAAAGCAAAACCUAGCAGUCAGCUAGAGCAUUCUAAGCCUGUUGAAGGUUUAGGAAUCAGCCUUCCUCUUGAUUCAAGGGAAGCUGCUGGACAGCACAUACCAUCUCAGGUAGAAGCAACAACUCAGGUAAAGUAUGGGAAGAAUGUCCCGGUUGCUGCGGCUGCUGCUGCUGCUGCUGUUGUUGCAUCUAAAAUGGUAGUUGCUGUGGCAAAGUCAAGCACCGACACGAAUCUCGAGAUACCUGUAGCAGCAGCUGCUACUGCUGCAGCUGUUGUAGCAACCACUGCUGCUGUCAGUAAACAGUAUGAGCAGGGUAGUCGAAGUGAUGGAGAUACAGAGAGUGCUGGUAAUGAGACCAAGGGUAGUGGUGAUGGAGAGCAUAAUGCUUUAGGAGCAAACUCAGAAGGCGAGAGAAAAUCUGAUAGAUCAGUGAGUAAUGAUAGCACAAAGUCUGAUUCUGCGCUAGAUGAUGUUGCCGAGUAUGACAUUCCUUGGGAGGAAAUCACGAUGGGUGAGCGUAUCGGACUUGGAUCAUAUGGGGAAGUGUACCGAGGUGAUUGGCAUGGAACUGAAGUUGCUGUAAAGAGGUUUCUAGAUCAAGAUAUCUCCGGUGAAUCACUUGAAGAAUUUAAAAGCGAGGUCCAAAUAAUGAAAAGACUGAGGCAUCCAAAUGUUGUGCUUUUCAUGGGAGCUGUAACGCGACCUCCAAAUCUUUCAAUUGUUACCGAAUUUCUUCCGAGAGGGAGUUUGUAUAGGUUAAUUCACCGACCUAACAGUCAAUUAGAUGAACGAAGGCGGUUGAGGAUGGCUUUGGAUGCUGCUCGAGGAAUGAACUAUUUGCACAACUGCAAUCCAGUGAUAGUCCAUCGUGAUUUGAAGUCCCCAAAUCUUCUUGUUGACAAAAACUGGGUUGUAAAGGUAUGCGAUUUUGGCUUAUCACGCAUGAAGCAUAGCACAUUCCUUUCUUCCAGAUCAACUGCAGGAACAGCUGAGUGGAUGGCUCCAGAAGUGUUGAGAAAUGAACUUUCAGAUGAAAAGUGUGACGUUUAUAGCUAUGGGGUCAUAUUAUGGGAGCUAUCUACUUUACAGCAACCCUGGGGAGGAAUGAAUCCAAUGCAAGUUGUUGGUGCUGUGGGUUUCCAACAUCGCCGUCUUGACAUUCCAGAUGAUAUCGACCCAGCCGUUGCAGAUAUUAUCAGACAAUGUUGGCAGACAGAUCCAAAGUUGAGACCCACAUUUGCUGAAAUAAUGGCCGCUCUAAAGCCUUUGCAGAAGCCAAUUACUAGUUCUCUAGUGCAUAGACCAAGUGCUCAGUCAUCACGAGUUGCUGAAGACCCCGCAGGAUAGGAAACAGUUAUACAGCUAACGAAUCUUUCUUUUUUUUUCUUUUUUUUUCUUUUCAUUUUACUGCUUAAAAUGGAGGGCAAGUUGUAGGUAUUUACCAGUCAAGGUUUUCACUCCUCCUGUUCCUUUUUUUUUUUUUUUUUUUUUUUCUUGUUUUUGCUUGUUUCCUAUUCUCUUCUGUAAUAUACAGUGCAGCCAUUGUCAGGUUGUACCAUUUGUUUGUACAAAAUUCAUUGAAAAAUGUUGUAAUCAGCAUCUAAAUUUUGAUGUCCGUAAAUAGUUAUGAAAAAAUUGUCGCUGUAACUUGAACAGAAGAAAGGAUUAACAACGAGUGAAAAUU